CCAUCAGGAAGAUGCUGAGCAAGGAGAACCACAUGGAACUUUAUCAGGAAGAUCCAAAGGGAAUGUUUCCAGGAGUUAUGCACUCUCAGAAAAAACAAAAGCCUGUGAGACUCGGGGGAGGCCAGAGGGAACCAUUAGUAGCCUCUCAGACCUUAUAACAAGUGACAGAAUGAACUUGGAAGGGACACGCUACACAUGCCAUGAGUGUGGGAAAAGCUUCAAUCAGAGCUCACACCUUAUCAGACAUCAAAGAAUCCACACAGGGGAGAAGCCCUACACAUGCUCCGAGUGCAGGAAAAGCUUUAGUCAGCACUCACAGCUUACCAGACAUCAGACAAUCCACACAGGGGAGACACCGUACACGUUCUCUGAGUGUGGGAAAAGCUUCAGGCACAGCUCAAACGUUGUCUCACAUAGGAGAAUCCACAUGGGGGAGAGUGCGGGAAAAGCUCUGAGUGCGGAAAAAGCUUCAAUCAGCGCUCAAGGCUCAUUAGACAUCAGAAAAUCCACAUGAGAGAGAAUUGUAAUAAAUCCCUUGACUAGAGUUAGCAAAUAUGAAUUUUUUUU